GCUCUCUUUCCCGAGAUCGAACUUUGGGUCGGCGGUCCCAUAGCGCGCCUGCACGAAUCCUGCUUCAGGGUACAGGGCUAUUUGUCGAAUGCGGACUUGCUCUUCACGAUGAGCCGUCACCUCAGAGCCCUCAUGCGCAGCGCCGGCGCCUACGCCGUGCAUGUUGCCGACGUCUUCAUCGCCCUCCGCGACGUCGUAGCCGUCAUAUCCCAAGGAAUUGUCUCCGAUGAGCCGGCAAACCUCGACAACUACACUGCUUUUCUCAGGGAGAAAAGACUUGUCCUGCACUCGCGCAUCGAUGAGGCACUGGAUGCCCGGGACGCUGCAGAUGCUACACUUCUCGCACUUGAAAAGGCUGUCGAAGAUCGGUUCACGUUCGCUCACGAUCCCUGUGCCUCCUUCCUUAAUCCUGUGCUUGACUGGAUUUACCCAGUUGACAACCAGAAUCGCGAUCCCCUGCAAUUCGCAGCAGAGGCUCAUACGCUGCAAGAGCGCAUCAAUAACAUCGCGGCGCUUCUGGAGAAAAUGACAAUGCUUGUGCAGGGCAUCCCACAGCGCUUCUCUCUGGAUAAGGUUGUGGAGAUUCGCCAACUCCCGGACGAUGAACGCGUCAGGGUCGUGAGUGGAGUACGACAGGCCGAUACAAAGCUCGAGCUGUUGGAUUGGCGGGGUCGCGGUUUGGGGAGGAAUCUAAUCCAGAAUGCAGAUUACAUCCCUCUGCACGCGUAACGUAUGCAGGCGAAAGAUUGUCAGAGACAGCCGCGCUUUUGGAGCGCGCGAGAUCUCAGCUUAUUGCCGUUUGCAGAAAAGUUUGCCACGGCCGCUUUGACACGAAAUUGAUGGCAGG